AGAAACACCGUCGUUUCUUUCAUUUGGGUGUUCUCUCUGCGCCUUUCUUUUACACAAUCUAGGACACCGAUUCAGAGAGAGAGAGAGAGAUGGAAGGAGUGAAACUGGAUAUGUGGGGGUACGAGGUCAGAACCUCUUCGGACUCUUGUAUAUCUGCCAUCAACAAGUUCUAUCACCAGGUGCUUAGUUGUGGGAGAGAGAGGUCAGUGAUUCUGGAAGCGCCGGCCCAUGACAAGGACUGCGUGUUGGCCAACAUUUUGGCUGCUCUUUUUCUCUGCUCCUCAGCUCGUUCCCGAGCUCCUUCCCAUCUCCAAGCCGCUAAGUCACGCCUCGAGCAAGCCACUAAGUACGAGAAAGCGGUUUUUGAUGCCGUCAAUUAUUAUAUAUCUGAAGAUAGAGACGACGAUGUUGCUCUCGAGUUACAUUCUAAGCUCUUAAAAGAUUUCCCAAGAGAUCUGGUAUCUCUGAAGAGGGCCCAAGUGUUAUGCUUUUACAUGGGUCGACCUGAUAUGUCCUUGGAUCUUGUUCAACAGGUUCUACCAAAGAAUCAAGAAGAGAAUUACGUAUACGGCCUGCUUGCUUUUCCUUUGCUGGAGCUUGACCAAAUGGCAGAUGCUAAUGUAGCUGCAAAAAAAGGAUUUGAGAUCAACAAGCAAGACUAUUGGGCACAACAUGCUUUGUGCCAUGUUCUACAGUAUGAGUGCCGCUUUAAAGAAGCAGUAGAGUUCAUGGAAGGAUGCUCAUCUUCUUGGAGUUCUUGUUCUUCUUUUAUGCUGACACAUAAUUGGUGGCAUGUAGCUCUUUGUUACUUGGAAGGUAAUUCUCCAAUUCAAAGAGUCUUAGAAGUAUAUGACCAUUGUAUUUGGAAGGAGUUGAAAAAGAGUGAUGCUGUGUGUCCGGAGGUGUACUUAAAUGCGCUCGGUUUAUUACUGCGGCUGUAUGUACGGGCUGAAAUUGAUGCCUUUGAGGACCGUCUCAAGAUCUUAGCUGGUUGCGUGACAGAUCAAGCAAACUGGUAUAUAGAGUGGCACCUGGAUUCCUUGAUAGUAUGGGCCUUGGCUAGCACUGGAGACCUGUCUAAAGCUGAAGAUUUACUAAAAGGCUUGAAAUCCAGAUUUUCUGUGAUGAACAAGAAGAAGCAACAACUGAUGCAGAGAGGAAUGCUGCUUGCGGAAGCCCUGUAUGAGUACGGUAGUGGAAAUGACAAAAAGGCAUUGGAAUUGCUUGGUCCAGAGUUUGAUGCCAGUAAGUGCAAGAUGAUCGGGGCGUCUGAUGAACAACUUGAUGUAUUCAACGAAGUCUGGUACAGUAUGUUGCUGAAUACUGGACAAGCUGUGAAGGCAAUUGACGUAAUCGAGAAGCGGAUCAAGAAGCGGGAAGGAGUUCCUUUCUUGUGGCGCCUUCUGGAGAGAGGCUAUAACCUUACAGGAAGAAAAGAAGCUGCUGCAACUGCAGGGGAGAAGGCCAGGGCUUUGGAGACUGCAUAUUUCAAAUAGCAUGGUAUGGUCACAAGUCACAAUCAGGGUUUUAGCAUUUCCAAGAUAUCCUGUGAUGCCUUGCAAGCUAUUAUCAGUGGUACUCAUUGUGUUUUCUUCUAUGUAAAUAUGGCGGCAAAGGGUACACUUUGCUCCAUGCUUUACGCAAGUGUGACCUGAAUAAUUACGUAUUGUAAGCACACUCUAAACUCGUUUCAUUUUCCUCCAACCCUUUUUUUAGCUGCUUGUGUAGAAAAGAGGAGAAAGGAAAGUCAAGUGCCCUACAAAGUGAUCUCCCCUAUUCAUCUUCUUUUUUACCUUAAUAA